AUGCCUUUUGAAGAUUAUUGGCCAAUUGAUCAGCAAAAUUUCCAGAAUCCGAAUCUUAUUGUUGGACAAAUUCGUGUGAAUCCUAAAGAUUAUCAGGAAUGCUAUGUUCCACAUCCAGAUGGUCAUUCAGACAUCUUCAUUUGUGGCAUGAAAAAUAGAAAUCGUUCUCUUAAUGGGGAUAUUGUUGUUGUUCUUCUGGAUAACCAAAGCAAAUGGAGGGUGAAUAAAGAAGAAUUUGAUUCUGAUUUUAAUCCCAAUUGUGAUAAUUGUGACAAAACUGAGCAUGUUUCUGCCAAUGGCACACAGCUGGCCAACAAUACUCAGACAACUGCUUCCACUUCCAAUACUGACUAUUUGGAUCAAUUCCAGAGACUUAAUCUAAUGACCAAGACCCAAACUUCUAUUACCAAUGAAACGAAUAAUGCUGCAGCCUUAAAUUCGUUUGAUCCAAAUGUCAAAAAGCAGCCAAAGAAGAAAGAAACUCUGAGCAAGAAAUACACUUGUAUUGCUGACCUUCACAAUGAUGAUAAUCUACAGAAAGUGUUGGCUAACAAAUCGGGAGAAGACCAUCUUUCUCACAAAUACAUCCAACGCACGGGGAAGGUUGUGGCUAUUUCUGAAAAGAAACACUCCAGAUUGUGUGUCGGUCACUUACAGUUGAUGAAUAACAAUAAAGUGAAAUUUAAUCCAACCGAUUCUCGAUUGCCCAGGAUAAUGAUCCCCAUUUCUGAAUGUCCAAAAGAAUUCCUUCACAGGCCAGAAACCUUUUCCAAAGUUCUUUUUGUUGCCAAACUGAAAGAUUGGGGCACAACUGAUAUGUUUGCCUCAGGGAGCCUGUUGAAAAAAAUUGGUGAAGCAGGUCAGAUUGACACAGAGACUGAAGGAAUUCUUAUUGAGAAUGAUAUUGACUUCAGUGAAUUUCCAGAGGAAUCUCUAAAGUCUUUGCCUUUGGAAGUCGACCAGCCAUGGACAAUACCAAGUAAAGAAUACAGUAAAAGACGGGAUUUUACCAAAACCUGUGUCUUCACCAUUGAUCCUGAAUCUGCACGAGAUCUGGAUGAUGCUGUAUCAUGUGACAAACUCGAAAAUGGAUUAUAUGAAAUUGGAGUCCAUAUUGCCGAUGUCACAUAUUUCUUGACAGAGAACACCCAACUUGAUGAAAUUGCAGCAUCAAGGGCCACGAGUGUUUAUCUGGUACAAAAGGUGAUUCCUAUGUUACCAAGAGUACUCUGUGAACAACUCUGCAGUUUAAAUCCUGGUGAACCCCGUCUUACUUUUUCAGUUGUAUGGCACAUGAAUGAUAAAGCUGAGAUUGUUCAUGAAUGGUUUGGUCGGUCAGUGAUUAAUUCUUGUGCAAAAUUGAGCUAUACUCAUGCACAGGGUUUUCUUGAUGACCCUCUCCGCGAAUAUACAAGAGAACAACUCCCCAAAAUUAGGAACUUCUCUGUAAAAGACAUAAAAGAAAGGAUUCUAAUUUUACAUAGUCUUGCUAGAAUUCUUCAAAAGAGGCGUUUUGACAACGGAGCUUUACGACUUGAUCAAGUCAAACUUCAGUGGGUCCUACACGAACAGACUGGCCUUCCAACUGGCACGUCUGUGUAUGAACAAAAAGACAGCAAUCGGUUAAUUGAAGAAUUCAUGUUGCUAGCCAAUAUGGCAGUUGCACAUCGCAUAUACAAAACAUUUCCUGAUGAAUCUUUUUUGCGACGGCAUCCAGAACCACAAACAAAGAUGAUAGAAAAUCUGAAUGAUCUCUGCCAAAAUUUGGGCAUCCCAAUUGAUAUUUCCUCUGCAGGAACCAUUAAUAAAUCCCUUAAAAAGUAUUUGAAUGUUAAUAAUGAUGACGAAUAUGUUACUGCUCGGAUGCAAGUGUUGGUUGCUAUGUGUUCUAAACCAAUGAAGUUGGCUUUGUAUUUCUGUACAGGAAUUCUGAAAGAUGAAUCCAAAUUCUGGCAUUACGCUUUGAAUGUUCCCCUCUACACCCAUUUCACAUCACCCAUUCGAAGAUAUGCAGAUGUCAUUGUUCAUAGAUUGCUUGCUGCUGCUUUGGAUUACAGUCCCUUGCCUAAAAUGUCAAUGGAAGAUAUGGAGAAACAAGCCAAACACUGCAAUGACAAAAAGUCCAAUUCCAAACGGGCCCAAGAAUUGAGCAACGAGAUUUUCUUUGCUGCUUUUGUGAAGGAGGUUGGUCCACUUCAUGAGAAAGGAAUGGUCAUGUCUGUUUUGGAUCAUGCGUUUGAUGUCUUCAUUCUUAAAUAUGCAAUUGUGAAAAGAGUUUAUUGUAACGUAAAGAUUUGUGUCUUCACUUUGGUCAAUUGUAUUUUGGAAACUGAUACGGAACCUCUUCGAUGGACAGCUGUGAUCAAACCUCCAAAACUGUGA